CACAUCUCUACAUUUAGAGAGAUUGGUUUCUUUUAAUUAUCUUUCUUUUUUGUUUGUUUGAGCAUUAAAACCAUGAUGUCUACUAUAUCUCCGGUUUUCUCAUCUGAACCGUGUCUAAUAAACCCUGCCCCAGCUUUCGAAACCGGGUUCACUCCAUGGGACAUUUCACACCUCUUCUCGGUCUUUGACACACCAAUCGAUCUAGUACCAGACAACGAAAGCCCUGUUUCGGAUAAUAAUUAUCUGAACCGGGCCAGUUCAGACAUUGCUCCUACGGAUAAAACCGAUGAUCGGAGGAAGAAACGGAAAUUAUCGAACCGGGAAUCGGCUAAGCGGUCAAGGGUGAAGAAACAAAAGCACUUGGAGGAGAUGAGUAUCCAGCUAAACCAGCUCAAGAUUGAGAACCGGGAACUAACGAACCAGCUUCGGUACGUUUUAUACCAUUGUGAACGAGCAAAGACGGAGAAUGAUCGUCUACGUUUGGAGAACCGUAUUCUCCACGACAAGUUGUUGAACAUCAGACAAGUUUUGAUAUUUUGUCAGAUCGAACGCAGCUCAAACUGUGCCUCGUGGCCUUAUGAUAAUAGUACUGUUGUUACGGUCCAACAGGAUCCGUCGGUUAUAACAUGUUCUAGUUUGAGAACACCUUUGUAAAAAUGUUUUUAAGAAAUUGCAUGGAU